UAGAAAGUGGUACUACGUCGCUUGGUUGCUAUUAAUAUCAAUUUAUCAUUUUUAUUUUUAUGGGUUAUCUGUCAGAUCUGACGAACUUACAGAUGACGUUACAAAUCUAAGUUUGCAUGUGUUUGUGUUGUGUAGGAAAAGAAGACGAUUGGAUUUGACAUUUGCAAAAGAAAUAUCAAAAGUAUUCAGGAUAAUCAGAAAUAUCUCACUAUUAAAUGUAGUAUUUCAGGAAUAUAAAGGCAUUAAAAUGACCGAUGUAAAUAUAGACGUUUCUGGUGAAAUGCAAUCGCCUCCAGAACCAAAAUCUGGAUUUCCUAGUUUUUCGCAAAUACAAUCUCAGUUAGGACGAGUUCCAAAUGUGACAGAAUUCAUUGCGCAGAGAAGACAAAAUAUUAGAUCAUGGAGUGAAUUUGCUCAGACAUCAAAUUUUAAAGCUCCAGCUUCUUUGCCACGAUUGAGCAAAAGAAUAGUACGAAAUAUACAACAUUUUCAAAGCAAUUAUUUGUUUGUCUUUAUUGGUCUAUUUCUUUAUUGUCUGAUAACAUCUCCUUUGUUGUUGUUGGUUCUGGCCGGAGUAGCAUUUGCUUAUUAUAAAAUCAAAUCAGCAAAUGUUCAUAUGUCAAUAAUGGGUCGAGAAUUAACACCAACACAGCAAUGUGUGGCUGUAGCAGCUGCCUCUUUACCUGUUCUAUAUAUAGCAGGAGCUGGUGCUGCAGCUUUCUGGGUUAUCGGAGCGUCCAUGUUUGUAAUAUCUCUUCAUGCCGCUUUUUACAAUAUUGAUGCAAUAGUCACAGAGGAUUCUGAAGAUCAGUUUGCUUUACUAGAAGAAGUUUAAGUGCCUUUUUGUAUAUAGUAAUACUGCAUACAUACUUAGCAUAUUAGAAUAUUAUCUACUAUUACAUAUCAAUAAUUCUUGAAGUACUUUGAAUUACAUUGAAUGGAAAGAAGAUUCCUUGCUGGGCGAGGGUUAUUUUUAAAUAAAAAAUAUAUGAAUUUUGAUCUGCUAACUAUAGCCUUUAUAUAUGUUAAGUUUAUAUCAAGUUUAUUCAUACUAUGAAAUUAUGUUUGCUGUUCGGCAUUCAAGCAAAUAUAUCUAACAACAUGAUAUACUAAAAAAAAUUCUGUUUUUUACUAGUUUCUCUGGCAAAUUUAAAUUGAUUUUUGUAAAUUAAUUUUUAAAAGGUGGAUAUUAAUUAACUUAUUUACUGAAUCUUUGAAUCUUUUAGUAUAACUAAUAUGUCCUUGAUAAAGGUUCCAAGUUGUCACAGAACCAAGCGAGGUUUGCACAUACAACUAUGAAAUGUAUGAAUUUAUAGCAAUGAAUAUUGGA